UAUAUCUCUCUCUUUGCAUCCGUUGAAUGAACCGUGUUGAGUAUGGAAAGUGGUAGAGAGAUGAGUAAGGAGGUGGCAGCACCACUGCUGAGAAAGAGUGAAGAAGAGAAUAAUGGAGUUGCGGUGGCAUCAAAUGAUAGUACGUUCUGCCAAGAGCUUAAGAAGGUAAGUUCCAUGGCAGCUCCAAUGGUGGCUGUUACGGUGUCACAGUACCUUCUUCAAGUGGUGUCUCUUAUGAUGGUGGGACAUCUUGGGAUCCUUGUCUCCUUCUCUGGGGUUGCCAUUGCUACCUCUUUUGCUGAAGUGACUGGCUUCAGUGUCCUUUUGGGAAUGGCGGGUGCAUUGGAAACUUUAUGUGGGCAAACGUAUGGUGCAGAGGAGUUUGGAAAGCUUGGAAACUACACAUGGUGUGCGAUUGUGACACUGAUUUUGGUUUGUCUCCCGAUAUCUCUGGUGUGGAUAUUUACUGAUAAAGUACUCUUACUGUUUAGUCAAGACCCUGGAAUUUCUCAUGCAGCUCGUGAGUACUGCAUAUACCUCAUUCCGGGGCUAUUUGGCUAUGCUGUUCUCCAAUCUUUGACUCGCUACUUCCAGACUCAGAGUAUGAUCUUUCCCAUGGUUUUCACCUCAGUUACUGCCCUGUGUUUGCAUAUUCCUAUUUGUUGGGCCCUGGUAUUUAAGUUGGGAUUAGGACACGUUGGAGCCGCAUUAGCCAUUGGAGUUUCGUAUUGGUUCAAUGUCAUUUCUCUUGCAAUUUAUAUCAAGUACUCUCAAGCUUGUCAAAAAACCAAGAUUGUCUUUUCUAGUCAUGCUUUACUUAGCAUUCCAGAGUUCUUGAAAUAUGCUAUCCCUUCUGGACUCAUGUUUUGCUUUGAAUGGUGGUCUUUCGAGCUCCUUACUUUACUUGCCGGCCUCUUGCCUAAUCCUCAACUCGAAACCGCGGUUCUUUCUGUCUGCCUUAACACAACCACACUGCACUACUUCAUUCCUUACGCUGUUGGAGCUUCUGCAAGCACUCGAGUUUCGAAUGAAUUAGGAGCAGGGAAUCCAAAGACAGCUCAAGGUGCUGUUCGUGUGGUUGUGAUUAUUGGGAUUGCAGAGGCGGUUAUUGUCAGCACCUUUUUCAUUUGUUUCAGACAUAUAUUAGGAUACGCAUAUAGCAGUGAUAAGGAAGUUGUGGAUUAUGUUGCACAAAUGGCUCCCCUUCUCUGUGUGUCUAUUAGUGCCGAUAGUCUAAUUGGAGCACUUUCUGGGAUUGCAAGAGGAGGAGGAUUUCAGCAAAUAGGGGCUUAUGUGAACCUUGGAGCUUAUUAUCUUGUGGGAAUUCCUAUAGGUUUGUUAUUGGGUUUUCAUCUGCAACUAAAAGCCAAGGGGCUUUGGAUGGGAACUUUAUCAGGGUCUGUUCUUCAAGUAAUUAUACUUGCUAUUGUAACAGUAUUAACUGAUUGGCAGAAAGAGGCAACCAAAGCAAGGGACAGAAUAGUUGACAAGUCAAUUAUAACCCAUAAUGCAUUCGCAUGAAGAUUAAUAAAACUGAAGAAUAAAAACGUUAGAAGAAAAAAUAUUAAUGUACUGACAAUAGACAGUGUGUCAGGUUUCUUUAU